ACGCGUUCCGCACCUCCUCAGUACGAGUCUCCUUUCCUGUGGGAAGCGGGCAGAGAGCAGCAUGAAGACUCUGGGCGUCCUCCUAGUCCUGGCGCUGGCCGCCGUGGUCACCCUCGCCUACGUCCGGGAUGAGAGCAGAGAGUCUCUGGAAGUGAACCCCUUUGUUAGCUCCAGAACUGCAAACACCUUCAUGAGCAGCCAGCACAGGACCUCAAAAAUGAAUGAAAGAAUCCGUGAGCGCAACAAGAGCCCCCAGGAACGCCAGCGUGAAGUCUGUGAGGACUACAAACCCUGCGACCGCUACGCCCUGCAUCACGGCUACACCGCCGCCUACAGUAGAUACUUCGGGGGGCGUACCAGAGGGAAAUAAGAUGAUUGGACGCAAUUAGCGUUCCCACCCAUGAAGAUCUCAGAGUGUGCGGAUUAGACAGGGUGACAUCAGGGCGACAAAGCAUCUAUG